UCACGUGUAUGUUUGAAGGCGGGGGCUGUUCUUUCAGAAAUUUGGUAACGUCUCUCAGAUAAAGAUGUAUUUGCCAUUAGGGAUAUUUGCUUGUUUAUUUUUGACAGCAUUUGCCCAUACUGAUGAAAAGCUUAAUAGCUUGCUGAAACGUUUAGAAUCGGCUCUCCAGAAACGCAACCCGUUUCCCUCGGAACGACGUCAACAAAAACAGAUAGAGACGACUGCUGAGGUACCAGAAGGACAAAACUUCAGAGAAAACACCUUUUAUCUUAGACACAAUAAACCAAUCAAGGAUUACCUUAAUCGCAGAAAUCCUGAUAGUAGACAUGUAGCACCCGCGGAAAACCUUCAUCGCCGACAUCCUGAUAAUAGACAUAGUAUACCACCCGCUGAAUACCUUCACAGCCGACAUCCUGAUACUAGACAUGAUAUACCACCCUCUGAAUACCUUCACCGCCGACAUCCUGUUAAUCAGUAUGACACGGAAGUUAAACGCCAAGGUCCAUACCGCCGUAUUUCUUAUUCAGAAGAAUAUCUCGACGAACGACAUGGACCGAAUCGCAACCAAAAUUACGAUGAGGUAGAUGCACGUCAAGAAAAAGUGGGUUCGAACAAAAGUGAUGAAGUGGAUGCAUUGGAUAAGGAUUACAUGAAAUAUGAAGAAUUUAGAUGUCCGACAUUAAAAAAUGUUUUGAUUGACUUAUUUCAGGGUUUUCCACAGAUUACUGACAUGUCAUGGAACAUGUCUGUGAAUAUGUCUGCAUUCAGACCAAUUGCAGGUCGAGCAAUAAGAACAUACAAAGUUUCGGGUAAUGGACGUUUAGCCUUUUUGCAGUUAACACAGAAUUUGGCGAAUUAUGUAAUUACCAAACGGAUGGUUUGCCCAGCAACAAAAUUUCAACAGCUUACAACAUAUUUAAUGAAGUUAGGUUUAGAAGACGCCUUCCGUAAUAGUAGUGAUUCUCUGUUUAAUCGUCUCUCUGAAACGUUUAAGUUUUGGGAAAAGCAAAUUCCAUAUAAUGAACAGUUCAUCCGAAGUUCUAUUGAUUCUGUGCACAGCGAGAUAUAUGGUGAGAUAGUUCCGAAAAUACAGGUUCGCGAGUUUCCAUACUUACGAGGUAUACUGGAAAGUAUUUACAUGAAAGGAAUGGAACAUCUGAUAAAAACUGGAAAAUUCCCCUCUGAAAGAGAUUUAUUUCAAAUGUUCAAUAAUACGGUAGUUAUAAACAGCCAAGCAUUCCGUUGUACACCCGCCAAAGACUUAUAUGAAAACCAAAGGCAGAUAUUUCGACAGUUUCUUAAAGAAUAUGAUAACAAAAUGUUUACUUAUGAACUUUCAAAAGAAUUUAUUAGCAUCUUGCAAGAGUUGUUUCGAAAUCAUUAUCCUUCACAAAUACUGAACACGAAUGUGGAAUACCAAAUGACAUUAGAAUUUGAUCAGUAUAUAGAGGGCAUUAUAGACGGUAUCAGAGAGUAUCUCAAUGUCAUUGGAAAUGGAAGCACAAGUGCACGUGCUAUGCUGUUUAAAGACAUGCUUGAUGAAAACCAGCUGAAAAUUGCCAUGAAGAUUGAAGCUUCUUUAAAUGGUUAUGCAGGUCUUAAUACUACAUCAUGCCCACCAACAUCAUGUCCACCUAAUCCGACAACAAACGAGUGGAUAAGUCAAGUGCAAAGUGUUAUUGACAGAUUAAGAAAGAUGCCGAAUUCAAACGAGACAGAUAUAGCAACCUCAAUACAGGAACUACAAAACAUCAUCGACAAAAGCCAGGAUUAGAAAUAUCAGUGCAUUUUAUGAACACAGUGCUAUUACAGUUUCUGCUCGACAAGCAAAUUUUCGUACACCUACUAGUAUUGUUUUCUGAAUACCGUCUAUUUUCUUAGAACUACUUUUGUUUUUGUUUGUUUUCUGAACCCCUAUCUUUUUCUUUUGUUUUCCGAACUCCGUCUUAUUUCUUUGGUUUUCUGAACCACCAUCUUUUCCUUUUGUUUUCUGAUCCCCCGUCUUUUUUUCUUUUGUCCCCCCCCCCGUCUUUUUGCUUUUGUUUUCUGAACUACUAUCUUUUGUUUUUGUUGUCUGCAGGACCCCCUGUCUAAUAUCUUACAUUGUUUGUGUUCUGAUUUUCAAAUUUAUGUAUGUCUUCAUACAUAAUUAUGUUGUAUAAUAAAUCUGA